UGUGGUGCGUUCAGUACGGAUUCGAUGUUUCGUUCGACAAUCCUCCGGAUAUUGCGGAUAGGAUCAGAUCAUCGUAGCGUGUGAUACAGGAUCGUACGUUUCCUUCAACACUUUCAACGGAAUUGAAGCGAGAAAUCAUUUCUCUCUCAUCGUAGAGGAAUGCGGUGUUCUGAUUGAACAACCAGAGAAACAACGGCGUGCAUGCCCACGAUCGGUGGCACAGGUAUCCUUAAACAGGUUUUCAACACCCUCGGCAGCGACGAGACGGCGAGACAGACACACGCGGCACACUGUGGUGGUGACUCCUUCCGGCGACACCGAUCUUCCCUGUCGGUGGUGGGUAGCAGCAGAGCAAAGCCAGGAAAGGAAUCGGUCUGUCGAUCACAGAAAGGGGCUUGAAGCAAAGUGUGACCCCGUGUGUGUGAGCGUGCGUCUGGGUGCCGGGUACGUAAAGAACCGAGCCCCAUCGAUCAGUGCAGUGUAAAGAACGCAUUUCAUUCGUGCAUGAGAAGGUGGCGUGUUUCAUCGUUCGACAUCGACGAGAUAAAGCUGCAAGUGUACCCCCGGUGAUACGUUCCAUUGUUUAAUAUCCACCAACCAAAUUGAAACAGUGCUUUUAGUAUCGGUCAAGGUGCAUGAUACUAGUGUUUUAUCACCACAAGCCAGUCGAAUCCAGCAGCAAAACACACUCGAAGGCUACGAGACAACAGUUAACGAAGGGUGCAACAGGACGAAGCGCCAAUACCACCGCAGCAGCGCACUGACACGGAUUGUUUUGAAUGUUUAAUGAUUUUUCAUAAAUCGCACUGUGAUGAGGCAUGCAUCCGUAUGGAUGUGUAUCCUGCUGACCUUCUACAACCUGCAAGCGACGACGCUGGCAGCGAUCGUACCACCGCCAUGGAGCGAUCCGAACAAAAACCCGUGCGCUAGCCAACCGGGUGGUUGGCAGCUGCUUUACUGGCCACCGCUCAAACGUUGCUUCAAGAUCUUCCAGCUCGGUUACCCAUGUCCCGAUACGAUGGAGCUAAGCCCGGUCGGUGCCGGAUCGACGGGUCUCGGAUCGACGGCCGAGUGUCGGUGUCCUCCCGGGACUGCCCAAUCGCCGCUGACGAAGAAGUGCCACAAACUCUUCGAACGGGGCCCUUGCGAGUUUGGCCAGUACUUUGCCCCGAUCGCGGACGGUGCCGGAAGGAGUGCCAUACCAAAACAACGCUGGGGUUUGUGCAAAUCGACGGAGAUCUGUGACAGCGGGAUGAUCUUCUGGCCGCAGGACAACAAAUGCUACCAGAUACACACCAAAGGACCCUGCUCCAAGGGGAAGCUCAUCAGCCUCGACAACAACGGCAUUGCACGGUGUAAGUGUGAAAGCGAAGGUGAUCUGAGUAACUACUUCCACGAGGAGACCGAAACCUGCCAUGAGUUCUUCACCAAAGGACCGUGCCUGGGCACGGGCGAACUGUUCCUGCCGUCGCGCAAGUGUGCCUGCCACGAGCGGUUACCACACUUCCACAACGAGACGAAUCAAUGCUACGAGCUAGGCACGAUCGGUCCGUGUCCCUUCGGCCACACGUUCAUCGUGGCCGAUGGUAAGCGCCGGGAUGGCAGCACCGCACCGAAGGGUACACUAAAGGCCGAGUGCCGGUGUAAGGAUGGGUACGUUCGGUGGAAGGAUGGCUACUGCUACAAACUAUACACGCAGGGACCGUGUGAGUUCGGUGCGUUCGUCACGGAACCGGACGUAUGCACGCCGAAUCCCUGCGAAAAGGGAAGGCUAUACUUUCCGCAGGAGAAAACCUGCUACCGGAUCGGUUCCCAGGGUCCGUGUAGUUUGCAUCAGGUGGUGAUCUUCGAUUUCACUUCCCGUCCCUCGAUCGAUGGCAUCUCGUACAAUGGGAUGUGCGGUUGCUCCGGUGUGAUCUCCAACCUCGAUCAAUCGUGCACGGAUGAAGCCGAUCAGCUACCGCAGAGUGCAUGCGACAGUACACCCGAUAUGGUCGAGGUGAAUCGACAGUGCUACAAGCUGUAUACCCGCGGUCCUUGCGGACCUGGCCAGUGGCUAGAACCGAAGAAGCUACCGGCCCGCAUCCGAUCAGCUGCCUGCGUCUGCCGGCCAGGUUACACACCGUAUGAGCAACCGCUCGCCAACGGAGUCAUUGGCUGUCAGGCACCGAGCGUUGGCAUCGCCAGAUGGUUCAUGAGCUUGCUUGGCUUUGGUUCCUCCGAUCCGGACGAGUACUGAGAUCGACCAGACUAUACGCUGUUGCCUCAACCUGCUCAUCUAGAUCAUGCUUCCAGUUCUUCGCUGACCAAGAUGCCAGUUACCAAAAACACAGCGGGACUCGCCCAUCCAUCACCAGCACAAUGCAUUGUAGAAUAUGAAGUAGAUAGGUAGAUAGAUACUUCAUUUCACUCUUCAUCACACAGCACCAACAACCACACGCCAUGUCUCAUUAAACGAGCAAACGCUUUCGUCACUAAACAUCCGGCCUUUUGUCACCGCCACACAGUUCCUCUACAGUAGCACCUCCCAAGUUGUCCCUUGAAAUCAUUCGUAUCAACUAUUUCCCGUAACAAAAACUACCAUGCUGACACGUCCACCGAAAGUGUGCCAUACGGGAACAGCCAAAUGCACAUUCAGCACAAAAGGUUGUGCGAAUUUCUUCAUCAAAAAUUGAUUUUUAUAAUUUUCCUCAUCUACAUUGGGUGAUAGACGAGACAUGAUGCGAAAGUGACGUGAUCGCAAAUAUGUUUUCACAAAUAGGGACACUACUUCAAGCUUUACACGACGACAGAAAUGCGUAAUGAUAAGAAACGAAAUUGAACAUGGAUUACUGCAUUAAUCGAUCGAUGAAUCGAGAUGCAUCCAGUACGAUGUAGGAGUAGUCGGAAAAGAUAGCCUAAGUUUAACAAGCGAUCCGUAAGCAGACUGAGUAGUAAAUAAGGACGUUGGAUAGCGCUAAAAAUGUGUAACUAAU